AGCUGAGCAGGGAGGGACUUUGGAGUGUUGGACCAGGAAAACUACACUUUCUGCUGCCGUGACCGAACAAGGAGACGACGGAAAAGAUGGAAAGACGGAAGCAGGAGGAAGACCAGGACAGAAUUUUUGAAGGUUUGAUGAGUUCUGAGAUGAUUGAGGAGCAGGACUGACACCCGGGAGAAAAAAGAGGGAGUUUACUCACCGACUUAAACACAACUCAAGUCACCAUGGACGUUUACAGAUGUUUGAGCUUGCUUUUCAUCGCUCUAUCCCCACAAGCUUGUUCUCGAGUUGGACCUCGAGCUCAUGCUGAAGAAAGGCUUCUUCAGAAUCUCUUUGCACAUUACAACAAGCUCUCCCGGCCGGUAAAAAACACCACCGACACCGUCUUGGUCCAUUUUGGACUGUCUAUUGCCCAGCUAAUUGAUGUGGAUGAGAAGAACCAGAUGAUGACAACAAACGUCUGGGUCAAGCAAGAAUGGAACGACUACAAACUCCGUUGGAACCCGGAGGAGUAUGAAAAUGUCACCUCCAUUCGUAUACCCUCCGAGAUUAUCUGGAGGCCGGAUAUUGUCCUCUACAACAAUGCUGACGGCGACUUCGCAGUAACUCACCUCACGAAAGCGCAUCUGUUUUAUGACGGACAGAUAAAGUGGAUGCCUCCGGCCAUUUAUAAGUCUUCGUGCAGCAUAGAUGUGACGUUUUUCCCUUUUGACCAACAAAGCUGCAAGAUGAAGUUCGGCUCCUGGACUUAUGAUCGCGCGAAGAUCGACCUGAUCAGCAUGGCCAGUGAUGUGGACCAGAUGGACUACUGGGAAAGUGGGGAGUGGGUCAUUGUCAAUGCGGUGGGCAAGUACAACACAAAAAAGUACGAGUGCUGCACAGAGAUCUAUGCGGACAUCACUUACUACUUCAUCAUCCGGCGGCUUCCUUUGUUCUACACCAUUAACCUGAUCAUCCCGUGUCUCCUUAUCUCCUGCUUGACCGUGCUGGUGUUCUAUUUGCCUUCACAGUGUGGCGAGAAGAUCACGUUGUGUAUUUCCGUCCUACUUUCUCUGACGGUGUUUCUCCUGCUCAUAACGGAGAUUAUUCCGUCGACAUCCUUAGUGAUACCGCUGAUCGGCGAAUACCUGCUGUUCACCAUGGUGUUUGUCACGCUCUCCAUCAUAAUCACGGUGUUUGUGCUGAACGUGCAUCACCGGUCACCACAAACACACAGCAUGCCUCACUGGGUACGGAGAGUGUUCCUGGACUUGGUUCCUCGGGUCCUGUUCAUGAAACGUCCGCCGGGCACCGCAAAGCAGCACUGCAAGAAGCUCAUUGAGAUGAUGCACUGUCCCACCACCGUGUCCACAGCGGGGAACUCUCAGGCCUCCUGGCCGGGAUUAGGGACCGGCUUGCUACAGAUCACCCAAGUGGACGACAGCCUCCAAAAGAAUCCCUCAGACAGUCCGAGAAUCCUCGUCUGUUCCCCGUCUCCGCCCUCUUCCCCCUUUAAAGACUGCACUGAGGACGAUCAUCCCCCGAAGGCCAGCAUCUUCAUACGGUCCACAUCCGGUCAGUAUUCGGUUCUAUCCGAAAAACAACCCUUGCGUGGACACAACUCCGCUAGCAUGUCUUCGUCACAGCUGUCCUUACCCCCGACCCUGCCGCUGGGCCCACUUCACAGCCCCUGCAGGGAACAACCGGGCACGCUGUCUCAAAAUGGCCGCUCACUCAGUGUAGAGCACAUGUGCAACCAACAGAAGGAGCUUCCUGGGAGAUCUGGGCAUCUGUGUCGCUCUCACAGCUUUCAGUACUGUUGUUUGCACAAUGACGGAAUCAUCUCGGGGAAAGUGAAAACAUUUGCCCCCACAGAACUUUUGCCAGAAAGUCAGACCGCUAAGGCCAAUAAAGAAACACACGUCCAAUGCGAUGCUGUGAUUCCGACUAUUUCCCCGGCGGUACAACGGGCCAUAGAGGGAGUUCAGUACAUCGCUGAUCAUCUCAAGGCCGAGGAUGCAGACUUCUCAGUGAAAGAGGACUGGAAAUACGUGGCCAUGGUAAUUGACAGAAUAUUCCUUUGGAUGUUUGUCCUGGUGUGUAUUCUGGGAUCUGUGGGACUCUUUCUUCCUCCUUGGCUGGCUGGAAUGAUCUAGAAUCUCUGCACAAGAGAAAACGAACUCUGACAGGAGGAUGAACUGUCAUGUAUUGUAAAAAAAAGAUUCCUCAGUGAUAUUUCUUUCUUCUUUUUAAAGGAAAAACACGUCAUAUUCUUGGUUCUUAUCCUAUCAGAAGGUUAUCCGUGAAGAAACAAGAUAAAAUAUCUACCAUCGAUCCCAGUGGGCAUAUAAAUUUAUUAUGAGGGCAAGAGGCCAAU